CUGUGAGCAGUGCGCAGUGCGCUCCUUGUGUGGUCCCUCACGCAUGCGCAUUGCUGUCCUCCGCGUCUUUCGGGAUCUUCUCCGCUCCCGGGUGGCGGGGAGAGGAGGGGAGGUGUUAGUGGAGACCGGGAGCGGAUCCUGGCUGCAGACAGGCAGAAUGGAGACAGAAGAAGAACAACUCUAUGGGCCUUUCUCCGACAGUGAGAAUGUAUCUGUGUGAUUGGAGAAACAAAAAUUUUGUGAUCACACAUAGGGAAAAUUGAAAACAUGGAUACAGCGGAGAAGCUCGUAAACUGCACCUCCAGUGUAUAUCAACUCAAUGGAGAGGUACAGUCUACAUUCGAUGAAGUUGCAAUUUAUUUCUCCAAGGAAGAAUGGGACUGCUUAAAUGAUGAAGAGAAAGACCUCUACAGGGAAGUGAUGAUAGAGAACUAUCAGACCCUCCAGUCUCUAGGUUUGGAUCACAUGAAGCCUCCUAUUGUAUCAGUUAUCGAGCAAGGAGAGGAACCAUAUUUGAUGGUCCCGCGGCAACAAGGGGAGAAAAAGCUUCCAGAAUAUUCAUGUUCAACUGGCAAGCCCAUCAGUGAGACGACAUCUAAGGGAAACUCCCCACCCUUUCUUUCACUGGACUGGGUAACAGGAUCUUCCAUUUUCACUCAAGAUUAUACUCCAAGGAUUACAAGAAGCAAAACAUCAACUGUUUCUAUUAGAAUAAAGUCAGAGGAACAAAAUGGAUUCCAUUCUUUACAUCUGCCUCCACGUCAGUUCGGUCCAUGGACUGAAUAUUCUACAACUCAUUACAACCAAAGAAACAACCAAGAAGAUAAACCUCUCAACCUGUCCAUAAUGAGUACAGACCUUGUUAAACACGAGAACCUCUUUCCAAAAGCGAACAUAUUUGCUUGUUUUGAUGCUGGUAAAACGCUGACUUAUGAAUCUGAACUUUUUGAACAUGAGGGAAUUCACAAAAAAAAGAAACAAUUUGUGUGUCCAGUGUGUGGAAACCUCUAUACUUCUAAGCUAGGUUUCAUAAAGCAUCAGAGAAUCCACCAAGGUGAGACCAACUUUUCAUGUGCCGAAUGUGAAAAAUCCUAUGUAAGUGCCUCAGAUCUCAUCGUUCAUAGGAAAACUCACACAGACAAGAAACCGUAUGUAUGUUCUGAAUGUGGAAAGUGUUUUAUUUCUAGCCUUUACCUUAAGAAACACAUGAGAAUUCAUGAAAUUGAUAAGCCAUUCCCAUGCCCGGACUGUGGAAAGUGUUUUAGCAGUGCUGGAAACCGUUUAGUGCAUCAGCGGAUCCAUACUGGAGAGAAACCAUUUGUGUGUUCUCAUUGUGGCAAAUGUUUUACCCAGAAAGCCAGUUACCUUGCACACCAACGAAUUCACACUGGCGAGAAACCAUUUGUGUGCUUUCAUUGCGGCAAACGGUUUACCCAGAAAGCCAGUUGUAUUAUUCACCAGAGAAUUCACACAGGGGAGAAACCCUUUGUAUGUUUUGAGUGCGGCAAAUGUUUCAGCUCAAAAGUGUAUCUGAUGAGACACCGGAUGACCCACACUGGGGAAAAGCCGUUUGCCUGUUCUCAAUGUGGUAAAUGUUUCACUCAAAAAGCAAGUUACCUGGCACAUCAUAGGAUUCACACCGGUGAAAAACCCUUUAUAUGUUCUCACUGUGGUAAAUGUUUUUCCCAAAAGGCAAGUUGCAUUGUGCAUCAACGGAUUCACACUGGGGAAAAACCAUUUGAAUGUUCUGACUGUGGAAAAUGUUUUAGCUCCAAAAUCUAUUUAGUCCGACACAGAAUGAUCCACACGGGGGAGAAGCCCUUUGCAUGUUUUGACUGCGGGAAGUGUUUUAGUCAGAAAGCCAGUUAUAAUGCCCAUCAAAGAAUACAUACUGAAGAGAAACCUUUUAAAUGCAUGGAUUGUGGCAAAUGCUUUACUCAGAAGGCAAGCUAUAUAACCCAUCAGCGGGUCCACACUGGAGAAAAGCCGUUUGUGUGCGCUCUCUGUGGUAAGUGCUUUACGCAGAAAGCCAGUUACCUUACACAUCAGAGAAUUCACACAGGGGAGAAGCCAUAUAUGUGCACGCUGUGUGGAAAAUGUUUUACACAAAAGGCAAGCUAUUUGGCACAUGAGCGUAUCCACACAGGGGAGAAACCAUUCGUCUGCCUGCAGUGUGGAAAAUGUUUUGCGCAAAAAGCAAGUUGCAUUGUUCAUCAGAGAAUUCACACAGGUGAGAAACCUUACGUCUGUUCUCAAUGUGGCAAGUGUUUUGCCCAGAAAGCAAGCUGCAUUGUUCAUCAGAGAAUCCACACAGGUGAGAAACCCUUUCAGUGUUUGGAAUGUGGAAAGUGCUUUAGUUCUAAAAUCUAUCUUGUUCGGCAUCAGCUUAUCCACAGAGGAGAAAAGCCGUUUCAAUGUGUGGAGUGUGGCAAACGAUUUACUCAGAAAGCAGGUUACAUGGCACAUCUUCGAAUUCACAAAGAUGAGAAGCCGUUUAAGUGUGACGACUGCGGCAAAUGUUUUGUCCAGAAAGCAAAUUAUAUUGCACACCAGAGAAUCCACACGGGGGAAAAGCCCUUUGUAUGUAAAGAAUGUGGUAAAUGUUUUUCACAAAAAGCUAGUUAUAUCACCCACCAGAGAAUCCACACAGGUGAAAAACCAUUUGUAUGUGCGCAGUGCGGUAAGUGCUUCUCCCAAAAAGCCAGCUACCUCGCCCAUGAAAGAAUUCACACAGGUGAGAAACCAUUCAUGUGCACUCAGUGUGGGAAGUGUUUUACACAGAAAGCGAGUUGUGUGGUGCAUCAAAGGAUACAUACUGGAGAGAAGCCCUUUGAGUGUUCUCUGUGUGGCAAAUGUUUCCGACUAAAGAAGAGUUUUGAUGAACAUCAGAGAACGCACACAGGGGAGAAACCCUUUCCUUGUUCAGACUGUGGCAAAUGCUUUACUAAUGCAGCAAACCGUAUCAUACAUCAAAGAAUCCAUACAGGGGAGAAGCCCUAUUCCUGCUCUGUGUGUGGUAAAUGUUUUACGCAAAAAGCUAGCUAUGUAUCACAUCAGAGAACACACACUGGGGAAAAACCAUUUGUUUGUUCUCAAUGUGGAAAAUGCUUCACUAGUGCCUCAAACCUCAUCGUCCAUCGUCGUAUCCACACAGACCAGAAGCCGUUUCUCUGUACUGAAUGUGGAAAGUGUUUUACAUCCAAGAUCUACCUGGUUAGACACCAGAUUAUCCACACAGGACAGAAGCCCUUUGAGUGUUCCGAUUGUGGCAAACGGUUUACGCAGAAAGCAGGCUACGUGGCACACCAGAGGAUCCACACCGGAGAGAAGCCUUUUGUAUGCACUCACUGUGGGAAAUGUUUUACCCAGAAGGCCAGCUGCAUUGUGCAUCAGCGGAUUCACACAGGAGAGAAACCAUUUGAGUGUUGUCAAUGUGGCAAACGGUUUAGUUCAAAGGUAUAUCUGGUGCGGCACCAGCUGAUUCACGCUGAUGUCAAACCCUUUAAGUGUUCAGUAUGCGGCAAGUGUUUUACUCAGAAAGCCAGUUAUAAUGCACACCAGAGAAUUCACACGGAUGAGAAACCUUUCAAAUGCCUCGAAUGUGGAAAGUACUUCACUCAGAAAGCAAGUUUUGUAGCACAUCAGAGAGUUCAUACAGGGGAAAAACCAUUUGUGUGUACUCACUGUGGCAAAUGCUUUACUCAAAAGGCAAGUUGUGUUGUACACCAGAGAAUCCACACGGGUGAGAAACCAUUUGGCUGUUCAGAAUGUGGAAAGAGUUUUAGUGCUAAAGUAUACUUGGCAAGACAUCAGUUAAUUCAUGCAGAGGUAAAGCCUUUCAAGUGUUCAGAAUGUGGGAAAUGCUUCACCCAGAAAGCAACUUAUGUUGCACAUCAGAAACUUCAUGUGGACGAGAAGCCUUUUGUAUGCUCAGAGUGUGGGAUAUGCUUCACCCAUAAAGACAGUUAUGUUGCACAUCAAAAAGACCAUAUAGAUGGCAAACCUUUUGCAUGUAAUUGAUUACUGCAUGUAUAAGGCAUAUAACCUCAAUGUAUGUUUCUUGUUCUUUUUGGCAAUAGUUACCACAUAUGUCACCUUUUGUAGUAGAACAGAGAAAUAAUAUAGCGGAGACGAGAAGAACUUUUACUGUAGGCCUUGUUACUCUUGAGUGUUAAAGUAUCUUGUGUUUAUUUCCUUAAAAUAAACUGAACUUUCA